AACGAUUUAAUGCGCACCUGUUGCACCGUUUCGAUUUUCAAACCAUGUCGAAAAGAAAAAUAGACGAAGACUCGGUAGAGAGCAGUAUUAACGAAAUUUAUGAUACUACUGACGAAAAGCAUGGUCGUUUCAAAGAAAAACAUUCUCUAGACAGCGAUGAGGAGGAAGAGGAGAUGGGUCAAGAUUAUGAAAUACUUCCAGAAGAUGACAUCGAAGGGCAAGAGGAUACUACAAUAGAUUCUUAUGAAGGAAUUAAGAUUACCCCUUUCAACAUGAAGGAAGAGUUGGAGGAAGGCCAUUUUGAUAAGGAUGGCAUGUACAUAUUUGAUAAAACAAAGGAAAUCCAGGACAGCUGGAUUGAAAAUAUCGACUGGGUCAAAAUCAAAGAGAAAGAAAAGGGUAAAAUUGAUGACAGUGAUGAUUCAGAGUCAGAUGAAGAAGACGAUUUUGAUGAGAAGGGCAUUUUUACAGAAAUACUGUCCUUGUUACAGCCGAGUGAAACAAUUGCUAAAGCGCUUCGUAGACUAGGGGGUAAAAAGGGAAAAAUUCAGUCCGCAAGUCAGAGGUGGAAAACGAAGAAACAGAAAACACAGGCAGGAGACGAACAGUCGGAAGAGGAUAGGGAGAAGUUCUUACGGCUGACUGAGCUCGCGGAUAAAGUGCUGAGUAGUGGGAACAUGGAGGUGUACGAAAUGACACAUGAAAAAGUGAAUUAUCUGUUAAAAAAGUUUGAACCUUCAAAAACUGAGAUUCCAGAAGGUGUGGACAAUGAUGAUGCCUUAGAUAUGUUUGCUGACAAUUUUGAUAAAGAGAGCAGCGCAAAAGAUAAAGAGAGCAGUGCAAAAGAUGGCAGCAAAGAAAAGGACACAGAGGCCACAAAACCGGAACCAAGGGAAAGUGGGGAUUCAAAAUCAGAAGAUUCCUCCGCCACGUCCGCGGAAGUGAAGUGGGAGUACAAAUGGAAGAUGGAUGACGAGGAAGUGCACGGACCGUUCACCAGCUCCCAGAUGUUGACAUGGACCGAGGAGGACUAUUUCCCGGCAGGAGUCUAUGUCAGGAAAACCUCAAACAAAGACGGGCCUUUCUACAGCUCAAAGAGGAUCGAUUUCGAUCUGUACACAUGAUGUAAUAUCUCCUACGCAGGAAGUCUCAUUUUCAUGCUGUCAUUCAUUGAGGAAUCUUGAACCUCAUACAUUUGAUUUUAAAUGUUGUUUUUGAAAUAGUUUUAUACAUGUAUAAAGUUGGAAAGUAAAUAAUGUUCUGUUGAACUGACAGAAAAUAAUUAG